AGAGGAUCCAAAUCCCUAGCUCAAUCAAACACCGACAAAGAGUGUGAAUUCAGGGAGAGAAAAGGAAAGAAAUCAUGGCAAGCUCUCAGUGCUGCUCAAACCCUCCGACCCUGAACCCCUCCAGCGGCACCGGCCAUGUCGAAAACCUCGGCGGUCUCGACUCCUAUGUCACUGGCUCGCCUCACUCCAACCUUGCCGUUCUCCUCGUCUCUGACAUUCAUGGAUUUGAAGCUCCAAAAUUGAGGAAGCUUGCUGACAAAGUAGCAGCUGCUGGGUUCUUCGUUGUGGUCCCCGACUUCUUUGACAAAGACCCUUAUGCACCUGACGAUGCCAAUAGACCAUUUGAUGUUUGGAAAAUUGAUCAUCAUCCGGACAAGGGAUUUGAGGCUGCAAAGCCAGUUCUUGAAGCUUUAAAAAGUAAAGGUGCUUCUGCAAUCGGUGCUGCAGGCUUCUGUUGGGGAGCCAAGGUUGUGGUUGAACUUGCAAAGCUCCCGUUAAUUCAAGCUGCUGUUCUCUGUCAUCCUGCAGUAGUCACAGUGGAUGAUUUCAAGGAGGUUAAGGUUCCUAUUUCUAUACUUGGAGCUGAGAUUGAUCAGAUGUGUCCGCCUGAAGUCGUGAAGCAGUUUGAAGAGGUUUUAACUGCAAAACCUGAGGUUAAGAGCCACGUUAAGAUAUUCCCGAAAGUGGCACAUGGGUGGACGGUGAGGUACAAUGUUGAAGACAAAGCAGCUUGUAAAGCUGCCGAGGAGGCUCAUCAAGACUUGUUGGAGUGGUUCUUGAACCAUGUCAAGUGACUGGCAUCAGCACUGUAGCGGUUUUCCUUAUCUUAUCAGCUGCUUUCUAUUGGUAGCCAGUGGUAAAACAAUUCCUCUGGAGUUUUAUUAAACAAUGCCUCCGGAGUUUUAUGUACUAGUAUUUGUUUGCAAAACUUUCGUAGUUUGAACUGCCGGUCUUCGACCAGCCUCCUCCGUGUAACCCGGAAGAACUCACAACACCAUUUUGGUGUCAUAUAAAUAAAGUACUAGUUGGAGAUGCCCUAUGGGUUAA